AUGGUCGAUCCAGGUGUGGUAACUGGUGUCUACUACAUCACCUUCUGCAAUAUACCACCACAUGUACCCUGGCAGCAGCUAAAACGCCAUAUUGCUCAGGUCUGUGAAGUCGACCGCGUCGAGAUCUUUCCCGCGAGUACAUCGGGAUGGGUCCGACUCAAAGGCCAUCAUAACUUUGAAAAAGCAUGGGCUCUGUUGAAGGAUGGCUAUCAGAAUCGAGACCUCCGCCCUUCAGCCAAGAACUGUUACGACGCCCUCCCGAUCAAAGAGCGUUUUCCUGAAGGUCAUCACACGGGGCAUGGUCAGCCGGUCAUAGCUGGCCCCUGGCCACAGAUGGGGGAAGAUCACCGAUUUAGCUCCUGCGAUUGCAACUACCGUAGCCCCAAGAUGCAGCCAUCCCAGCCACGGACGUACACACACUCACAGACAUCCCUGCUCCCCCAGCCGGUACGAACCAACAACUCAGACCAGAUCUGGCCCGCCCCAAGCACGGCGCCCAAUAGCGGCCCAUCGGGAUAUUUGCUGCCUAUGAAUACAGAGAUUCCUGCGUCCUCCGCUGCUCUGACUGGCGGAGGGCAGUCUUACCCCCAGCGGCCCCGUGCUUCACAUGCACGUGAAUGUUCAGACGACUCGGCUAGGCGUCCUGCAGUCUCGAACAAUUCUAUGCUUGCUAAGUUAGCCACGCCCCCUGACUCCGGGAAUCGCAAGAUCCUGGUAAAAGGGUUCGGCUCGCAUGCAGACGAGUCAGAAAUCAGAUUCUGGAUUUUCGACACUUGUGGUCCACUUGCCAUGAACAUCCGUCGUCUAGAUGUCCCUGCUAGGCAGUCUGGCCCCCGAAACUCGUCAUCCAAGAAGCAAAUCUGUGGAUAUGCACUUGUAGUCUAUCGGAGCGCUUCAGUAGCUGCCAAGGCUGUGGACUUCUUGCAGAACAGGGAGUACAAGGGCACAGCUGUCACUGCCCGGCUUAUCAAUGACAGUGAAAAGAAUUCUCCAACCUCGACCACGCCCUCGCGAGCAUUGAAGCGUUGA